AUGUUUCCAUCUUUUAUUGGUAUUUUAGAUAUUCAGUCAUGGUGGGAAGUGCCCAGCAUCGCGUACUUUUGUUCUUUAUUCAGAACUGCAUUCAACCUUCUGGAUUUUGACAUUGAAGAACUAGAGGAGGCUCUAUUGACCGAUGGCACGGAAGAAUCGGCUAGUUCCCUCCUGACUGAACUAAUAGUACGUCUGUUAAAUGGUUGUUUGGGCAACAAUGACAUCUCAGCCUUUAACUAUCAGAUGUACUUGAGGAGAUUGUUUAGAAGAAAAUGCCAGAAAUCAAGCAGAUGUAACCCUUUCAAUACUGAUAUAGAUUUUCAGUUUUUACCACUUCGAACAAAAGUUGAGAUUUUGUAUGCCCUGUGUGAAUUUCGUCUUGAUGCUGAAGAUGUUUUUGAUUUAUUUAAAAACCUUGAAGCUGAAAGUUUAAGAGUUGAACCUCUUGGUUUUGAUGAUAACUACUCUGCCUACUGGUAUUUUUAUGGUACAAGAUUAUACCGAGAAGAUGUAGUUAAGAAGCCAAAAGGGAAGAAUAAAAAGAAAAAAAACAAGGAAAGUAGAAAGCGAGGCUGGUUUUACGGUGAUGAUUGGCUCGAUGAUGAUGAUACAGAAAGGGUUUGGCAAGUGGUUUGCUUUACUGAAGAAGACUGGACCCACCUGACAGAGAAAUUCAGAAAGGCUACUAGUAAAGUUGAGAAAGAGCUCUAUCGUUCACUUUCGCAAAACUUUUUGCCUGAAAUACCUAGGCUUUUUCAAGAGAAGGAACGAUUGCAGCGCAAAAGGUUGUUAGAAUUAGCACCUCGACGCACAUCGAGUCGAGUGUUGCAAAAAAUUAAGCAAAAACAAGAGGAAACUAAACGGUCCACGCAUGACAGCAGAGAGCAAGUGGAGAGAAAAGACACGCCAGAAUUGGCGCGGGAGAACAGAGCCAGGAGAAGAAAUUUACUGAGGUAUGUUAGAUUAAGAUCAGAUUCUUCAGAUUCGUCAGAUAGUUCAGUAAGUGCACAGGAAGAAGAAGACGAAGAAAGAGAAGAAGAAGACGAAGAGAGACUAGAAGCCGAAGACAAAGUAGAAGACGAAGACAAAGUAGAAGAAGAGGAGGAAGAAAAAGAAGAAGAGGAAGAAAACGAAGAAGAGGCAGAAAAAAUAGAAGACGAAGAAAAAGUUGAAGAAGGUGAAGGAGAAGACGACGAAGAAGAGAAAGACGAAGACGAAGAAGAAAAAGAAGACGACGAAGAAGAAGAGGAAGAAAUGCCUCAGAAAGUGUCAAAACAAUCAAAAAGUCAAGAGAAGCGGUCAAAAAACUCCUCCUCCACUCAAAAAGGCGAACCACCACCAGAACCGCUUAUUAAAACUGGUCGAAAAACUAACAAUUCACUAGCAUCUGCUACGGGCCAGAUUGUGAUACCUGACAAUGACGAGCCUGUCAGUAGCACACGAAAGAAAUUAAAGACGUCACAAAUUUUUGGACAAACAGAGGAGGAUAUCCAGACAGAUAUGUAUAAGGUCCUGAAACAGCUUACUGCUCAUGACGAUGCCUGGCCUUUUAUGGAUCCAGUAGAAGAGGAAUAUGCACCAAAUUAUUAUGCAGUUAUACGACGCCCAAUGGAUUUGCGCAAAAUCGAAGAACGUCUCGAUAGUGGUUAUUACACAGACUUUUCAAUGUUUAAAGCAGAUUUUAAACUUAUUGUUAACAACUGUCGCCUGUAUAAUGGCCAAGAUAAUGAGUAUACAGUGAUGGUCGAUAAUUUGCAAACAGCGUUUGAUCGCUUGACUGAAAAAUAUAUACACCGGCUUUCAUCUUCUGACGAAGAAAUUGCUGUCGAAUAUCAAUUACCAACUCCUUCAAGAAAACAUAAAUUGAAAAGAAAUGAAUCUCCAAGUCACCAUAAAAGGAAGAAACGAAAAUCUAAUUCUGAUGCAGGCGAUCCGAAAUCUUGUUCAUCAGAUGCAGUGCAUGAAGAGAAACCUGAAGAGAAAGACAAAGAAGAAGAGGAAGAACAAGAAGAAGAUAUACCUGAACCAGAAACAAAAAAGACUAAAGAAUCUCAUAAAAAUAGACAGGGCAAAGGAAAGAAGAAACGCAAAGGCCAUCAUCGUCACGGUAAACAUUCCAAAAAUCACAAAAAAGACUCACAUAAAUCAGAUCAUACUGAAUCAACAAAAACACGACACAGCAAAAAGCAAAAACAUAGUAAGAACAAAGAUAAGGAAGGGAAGAAGUCUAAACAAAAGAAGAAGAAGGCCAAACACCACGACCCAGAACCUGUAGAAGUCCUCAAACGGAGUGCCUCUCAAGAAUCCUUAGAGAGCUCUAACAGAAGUAGGAGUGCCAGCCCAUUACCCUCGAUACAUACGCCGACGCCUUCGCCAAGUGAGCUGGACCAGACAGAGUCACCAGAUCAACUCAAUGACUCCGAUUUUGUAAAGGAUAAAUACGACAAAAUAAAAGAAAGGAGACGACAUGCAAACAAGGAUGCCUGGGAAUCACUCUUCGAUUACAAACAAAAAACUGUCGAUAAACAAAAACAAAACUUAAAUAUUCCUGAAAAAGACAAGAAUCAAAAGUUGAGAGAAACCAUCGAAAAACUAAAAGCUAAAAAUGAAAAAUAUAAAGACAGGUCACUUUUUAAUACUUUAUUUGCGGUUAAUCACAGUAAUGCAGACAAAAUGUCUGAGUCAAGCAAUACCAAUGAUUUAACAAUAAGAGAAGAAUCUGAAGAUGAUCCAUCAGAUAGUCAAACAACAGUGAAAUCCUUUAUUAAGAAAGGUUACAAAAAGAAUUCUGCCAAAAAUGAAUCUGCAUCUGAGGCGCUUGAGCAAGCUGUAAAAGAUAUCAGUAAGUGGCUCGAUGACGCCCCUAAAGGGUCAACCAUGAGCUCUCCCUGUGACAGCCCAGCUCAAACAAUUUCUACUGAAGAGCAUGAUAAUAGUCGUCUAGAUGAUGACCUUUCUCAAAGCGAAAAGCCGCAUGCUCGGAAAGAGAUUUCUCGAAAACGACCAUCGUCGCGUGAACCGAAACUGUUAAAACGGAGAGAAAUUCAAAGAACUAUAGACCGACUUCAGCCAGGCAAAAGUAAGGGCAAUUUGCUCACCAAUAUGUCUAAUAAAAACACUGAAAAAACAGAAGAAGUCACACCUCUAGGCCCACAAAACAAAGUGCGAGACUCGCAAAAAGCAGAAGAGCCUAGCCCAAAACUUAGCCUUGGAUCUGUUUUACACACAGUUGAGUUUACUUUGGGUAAUGACCACAAUUUUGCGCAAAAUGACGAAGGAAAAAAAGAAGAUCAGAAUAAUAUUACCAAGGUCAUUGAGACAGAGAAGAAAGAAGAAAAAGUUGAAGGUGUACUAUCUGAGAAAAAAACUGAAGAGUUAGUUGUUCCAGCGACCAAAAAAGACGCAGAAGUAGAAACUGAAAUACAAAUACCAACGAAACCAAGUCAGGAAAAAGCUACGCCCAACCUUAGCGCGUGGUUUAAAGCUUUUGGAGCGCCAAAAACUACGACAAAUAUAACUCCAGCGCCUAUAUUGAAAAAGAAAGUUGGGGAAGUUGAUUCGGAAGUAUCAGAAAAGGUGACUGAAACUCUUACCAAUGAUGCCAAACCAUGCAGUCCGAAAAAUCCUGUUAAAUAUGAUUCACCAACAGGUCCUGACACUCUUAAUCCCGAAGGAGGAGAUAGUCCUUUGCCAAAUGUAGGCACUACGCCAAGGCAAAGAAGGACCAGCACAGGAAGUUCAGUUUCUGAGAGAUCGUCCUUCAGUCAAGAUCUCGAUUCACCAAGACAUCAAAUGUCACACACUUCUCCAUUAUUGCGAUCACCAGCCUCGCCGAGGACUGAGGACUUCCAAAAGAUUACUUAUCCCAUAAUAAAUGGUACAGUAAGAGCUGGGUUUUAUCAAGACACAACGUCAAUGAAAAGUAGUCCCGAAAAAAGUUGCAGUCCAAGGGAAGCCCCACAGUCACCAUAUUCUCCAUAUUCCCAACAUGUUUACGCAUCCAAUAAUAUCACGGGCUCUUCAACUCCUAAUUAUUUUGUAGAUCACACCAAGAGUCCCCUUCCUACUUACAAUCAAAAUCCACCUCCAUUUUACGAUACGUCGAAAACUCCUACGGUAAAUAAGUCAAAUCGAAAUCAUGAAGACUAUACUUGCUUAGCUCAAGAGCCAUACCAACAAAAUCAAUAUACAGGUCCAUAUUCCCCCGUUUACUCUCCUUACUCACAGGUAACAACUGCAAAUUAUUCUCAAGUACAACAUUCUCCGCAAAUAUCGACGUCAGCCAAUGCAGUUGUAUCUAGCACUACACCAUUAACAGCAGAUUCAAAAACUCCUCAACUGUUUCCCGUGAAGAAAAGAACAUAUAAUGAAACGGAACAUACCCCUACGUCCAUUACAAAAGAUCCAGAAAUUAAAGAAAUGUCCGGAUCGGCAUCUAAUAAAACUGAGUAUGCAAAGCUGCCUUCCAAUUUACAUUCAAUACCACAAACAUCAGUAGAUGAUAUAGCUUUGGCUUUAAGUGAGAAAUCUGAAAUGGCUAAAUUAAAUAGCUUACGUGACAAAACUGCUGCGGAUUAUGCAGAAAAUAGAAAUAAUAUCAAGUAUGAUAACAAUGACUCCUUACAAAAUACUAAGAAAAGCAUUAGUAUUGAGAACAAACCAGCUGAUAUGGUUAAUAUGGGUUACCCAAGUGUAGAAAAUGAGAGAAGGAGUACCAACGACAUUCAUACUCAUGAAGUUGAAUAUUUAUCGCGAGAUUUUCCUAAAUCGAGUAUAAACUCACAUAAAGGAUAUGAUGUUGAUGCGAUUGCCAUUAACUUGGGUUUAAAUACCCAAGCUCUCCAAAUGACGUUGCAGAAGCCUAUACCUCCUGCGCACAGUCAGGAUAGAUCACAACAUGAAAUGAAUUUGAAUCAAAAUUUGGUACAUGCACUUCAUAGUCAAUACGAUGCGAUGGCCGGAGUACAAGGUAUUAGUAACUUUUCAUUAAGUGAUAUAGAUAUGGCCAAUAAAAAGUUGUAUGCUUGUAGUUCUGUUCCUUCCAGUACUGCACUUGAUUAUGGUAAUUGGAAAAUGUCAAAUCAGAUACGUAAACAAGAUUUAAUUCCGUCUGACUAUUCCACAUCUUAUGGUGCAACAGCUGCCGAAAAAUUGAAAAAUGAGAUAAAUGUUGCAAAUUCUAAUGCAGUCUCAUAUAAUAAAAACUUGCAGCAUCAACAGUAUAAUUCAUUUAACGCUAGUCCAAGACCAAGUCUCCAAAGGACUCAAGAACUCCAACAGAAUCUGCCGGGCGAAUUAAGAAUACCAAACCCCCGAGGACUUCUUAAAAAUGACCAUAUGGUUACUUCGUCUUCAGUAAGUGAUACAGAUGUUUUAUCCAAAAAUAUAGAUACUCAUACCAAAACACAGAAAACCGAUAAACUUGUACAAAAUCAUCCAUUGGUAGGGUCAAAUCCUUACAAAACUCCUUACAGUACUCCAGCGUCGCACCCACUCGACAGUUUGCGUAAUUUGCCUAAUAUACCUCAAAUGCUGGAAAGAUACACAAAUGAUGAAAGGUACUUGUCCACUCUUGCAAAUAGUAGCACAUCUUUGUACCAUGACAAGUAUCAAAUGGCUCAAAUGUUCAACAAAAGCAUUUCUUCGGAUGUACAUCCAAUUAGCACUUCAGUUAGUAUAUAUUCCCAACCAUCAAUAUCGAUGAGUAAGGAUAACAGUGUUUAUAAAUCGUCCAGCAUACCAUCAUCGCAAAUGGAUAUUAAAACAAAGAAUAAACGUAAGAGAACCUCGGAUGUUAAACAAGCAACACAGAUUGUGGGUAGCCAAGCCUACCAUCCAACUUCAUGCAACACAGAUGUUUUGUCUUCUGUCAAGUCGAGCAUGUUGCCAGGAAAUGCAUUUAAUUUUGGGACCUCAACUAAUAUGGCUUUAAGUAGCGGAUUGUACGGUGAUAGUGGCAGCUUUUCUAUUGAAGAUUUUCGCAACAAUCCACAGCAUCAAUUAAUGGCAGCAAAUUAUAUGGUUGCUGCAGUUGCUCAUCAGCAACGCACCAGUGCAGAGUCAAGCGCCGAGAAAUUAGUAAAGCCGGCCCAUCAGAAUUCUGCGCAUCCUGCAAGUUCUUAUAGUUUCAUUGGACAUUCACAAGUUCGAGGUGCUUACCCGUUUGUUGGAACAGACCCGACGUCACCUAUAUAUCAACAGUAUUUGCAGCGUCACCAAGAAGAACUACUGCGUCAAACUGGUGCGCAAAUCAUGAGCCUAUAUCCUGCUGGCUACCCGGCGAGUCUCGGAGCCCGGCAACCUUACGACAUUAAUCGACCCUCAUGGCUAUAA